AUGGGUGAUCGCAGUGUCACUUUGAUUGAUGAUGUGGAUGCGCUGAGGGACGAUUUGACACUAAAAGUUUGUGUCAUAAACUUGUGGAACCAUAUGUCAUUCUACAACAAGGAUGACAUUUGGGCCAUUGAAUUAAUCUUACUUGAUGAAAAGGGGAGCAAAAUCCAAGCUACUGUCUACAAAAAAUGUUUGUAUCGUUUCAAAAAUCUGUUAAAGGAUGGGUCAUCUUUUUACAUCACAAGACCAAGUGUUGCAUCACAAAAGCCCGGUAGUUUCAAACUAACUCCUCAAGAUCAAAAACUAACAUUUGUCCAAGAUACUGUUGUUACAGAAUGUGCAGAAUUUUCUGGAUCUAAAUUUGGAUUUUCAUUUGUUGAGUAUCAAUCUAUACUCUCAUUUCUACAUCCUCAAGAUAUAUCUAUUGAUGUUAUUGGAUUGGUAGUUACUGUUAGUGAGAUGAUGAGAGAUAAUUCAGAUAAGUCUAAACAGAGGCUAACCAUUCACAUCCAAGAUGCAAAUUUAGAUGUGGAUGAUCGUCCUGAUUCGUCUUCAAAUACAAUUUCAGUUAUUGAAUCUAAACAACUUUCUGAAUUUGAUGAUUUCAUAGUUAGAACUAAGCUGAAGACUAUUGCUGAGAUUUUUGAACCCCUUGAGAAAACAUAUUUCAUUAUAGUUGGCACUAUAAAGGGGAUAUUGCAAAAUGAGAGAUGGUUCUAUCCCGCAUGUACAAACUGCAGUUACUGUGCUCAGGUUAAUGAUGCAAAAGAUGAUACUAAUGUUCAUCAAUCAAAUGCAAAAUCAAUUUCUUAUGAAUGUCAUAACAGAAAUUGCACAAAAACAACAACUUCUGUUGUACCGAGAUUUAUGAUACCGAUACGUGUGAAAGAUAAUACCGGGACUAUCACCUUAACAAUGUUUGAAAAAGAAGGAAGAUAUCUUUUGAAGAGUUCAGCAAAUGAGUUGGUUAAAAGAAUGACACAGAGUGGAGACGGUACUGAAUUUUUUCCGGGGGAGGUUAAUGCAUUGAAAGGUUUGAAAUUGGCAUUCAAGAUUUCUGUUACAGAUUUCAAUGUGUCAAAAAAACCAAUCAAUAUGGAAUUACCAGAGUCGACUGGUAUAACACACUCUCUGGAUAUUGGUUUGGGCGAAUUCGAAUCUCAAGAUAACAGAACUCUAAAGGGAAACAAAAUCCAAGCAAAUGUCUCAAGGAAAAACAUCUACAGAUUCAUAGAUAUUCUAAAAGAUGGUCAUGCAUUUUACAUAAAAUGUCCAAUCUUUGCAUCAGAAAGGAUGGGUGGUUUGAGGUUAACUCGUCAUCAUUAUAAACUUACUUUUGUCCAUAACACUGUUGUUACUGAGUGUCAUGACUUUUAUGGGCCUACGUUUUGUUUUGAGUUUGUUGAUUAUCAAAGUCUUAUCUCAUUGGUCCAUCCUCCAAACAUAUCAAUUGAUGUUAUUGGAUUAGUGGUUGGAAUUGGUGACAUGUGGCGAGAUAAUGCAGACGUGAACAAACACAGACUCAUCAUCCAAAUUCAAGAUGCAAAUGGUUUGCAACUAUCUGUCGCUUUGUUGGGUCAUUAUGCUUACACAAUGCAAAACUUUAUCGAUAACAACGUACACAAUCUUCGUAUGAUUGUUAUCCUUCAAUUUGCAAUGCUUAAAGUUUGGAGAGGUCGUCCCACAGUUAACACGUACUGUUCCGUGACAAAGCUUUUCAUUGACACUGACAUUGAUGAAAUCAAUGUUUUCAAGAAGAGUUUAGAUGGAGAUGAUCCCCCUGAUUUGUCAUCGAAUACACAUAUAAUUAUUCCAUCUAAUCAAGUUUGUCAGCAUGAUGAUUUCAAACUUAAGUUUCAGUGCAAGAGUAAUGCUGAUGUUUGUCAACACGGUAAAGAGAUUAUGAAGGUGAAAUUGGAAAACAUUGGCUGA